AUGAUGCCCUUGUACAAAAGAGCAGGCAAGACUGUUCCGCGAUUUAUCGACGACAUUCAUCUAUAUGAUCCGGUCCAUCUCCCAGCCUCAGGUCGUAACCUACUGGCCGAUAUACCCCCCGUAUUUCCGGACGGAUACGAUGGCCCGCCAGAAUGGCUCUCUCCUUCCGCUUGUAAGCACGUGUACAUCACAAAGACCAGUCAGACCCUCGUUGUCUCACCGGAUCGAAGACAAGGUCGAGGAGCCUCCUCAAAAGUCUGCGCAGUCUGUUCGAAGUGUCGAUUGCAUACACAGGUGGUGGUCAAUUAUCCGGGCAACGUAGCGCCUACGUCCGGCCAUCUGCAUCACCUUGUUUAUCAAUCUGGUAGUCACGCAAAAGGUACGGUUACUCCGAAAGGACAACGCCUAGAAACAUACUAUUAUCGAUGCUCUUACAUGACCUGUGGCAUUACUUCUUCGGUGCAGAUUUCGUCCCCUGUCCUGAACCACGACUUCCUUCAGCUGUUGACGGACGUGGAGCUGGUCAACAAACGUGCAGACGAAGCCAUAGCUGCUCAUCCGGAGCGUUUGGAGGGUAUUGCACGACCUCAACCCAUAACUGUCCUUGAUAAUCUACGCACAUAUCUCCGCAAUUCGCUCCAGGAUCCGCAGCGUAGCAAACCGAUUUCAGCUAUCAACAAACGAUUUGUGGUUUGCUUUGGUGUUGACGGGAGCCCUUGUAGAGAUCUAUUGGAAUUUCUGGAGUUUUCAUAUCGAGACGAGGGCUUCUGGGAUCCCCCAAAUCCAAAUACAUCCGAGGAACUGCCCUUUCAGAACGAACUCAACAUAUUCAUUGAUAACGUCAUACAUGAACUGUCCAUUUUGAUCGAACAACGUCCUGUGUCUGAGAAGAAGACUCCUUAUGCUCUGAAUUACUCGACAUCUCCAGCCACUAGUGACUUUCUCCAAGCUCUUGAAGCUGCCAAUUAUGCGAGAUCGACGCGACUCAUUGAGUUUGAAAUGCCUGGACAACCUUGCUAUGAAGAUCUUGGUACAGUGGAAGAUAUGGCAUCCGAUCUCAUAAUCGAGGCCUAUCACCGCCAAGUUGCAGUUGAUCCAGCAAGGGGCCCGCAUUAUCUUCAAUGCUUGAACUCUAUUGCUCAAUGGAGAGGCGGUCCAGAUCGUGAUACAAUCAACGAGGCUGUAGUGACUGCAUACAGCAAAGGCGCCUAUACAACAAACGAUGUCCUUAAAGCUUAUGAGUACUUUGGGCUAAGUCCAAAUGACACAUCUCUCACUGAAGAGGUCAUUAUUGGCAGGUUCCACGCAUAUCUGAGCUCUACCACCCAGGAGACCGAAGCCCGACAACAACUAUGGCGAAUAGGCGAUGCUAGGAGAAGCGAACGGAUCAAGUCAGCUGCUGAGGAUCGAGUAUCGAAUGCUGAGCAGGCCCUCGUUUAUCUCGGGGUUGAAGAGAAUACACCUGACGAUUUUGUCAUCACAAUGUUCACAACAAAAGUGAAUGACAGCCCCAGUAGCAAAGAAAUCUCAGAGAAAGCUUUGUCGCUCAUCGCAGAAAAACGGAAUUCGGAGACUUUGAGGCAUUUUCUUAAAACGGGCGAGACUGGAGCAGGCGAAAUGGAUGUCGGAGAUGCUUAUCGUCUUCUUCAGAUACCUGAUCGCACAGUUGGUGAUGAUGCUAUUCUCGCAGCAUACACGAUCUGCGUAGAUGAAGCCCCAACGCAAGUUGAAACUUAUACACGCGCGCUGACUAUCAUUGCAAAAGAAAAGGAUAGCCCUAUGCUAAGCAGCUUCGUCUCGGGAUCUACAACGCAUAAUGAUCGAAAUUUGUCCGAAUGGCCCGUUGGGCUUCAGAAUAUAGGUAAUACUUGCUACCUGAACAGCUUACUGCAGUUCUACUUCACCGUUCGUCCUUACCGAGAGAUGGUGUUGGAUUUCGAGAACAAUAAAACAGAGUUGGAUGAGGAAACCUUGCGCCAGAAGAAAGUCGGAUCUCGUAAAGUAUCUAGACUUGAAGUUGAGAGGUCUCAGAAAUUUCUUCGUGAACUUCGUGGAUUGUUUCACAACAUGAUAACAACUCCAAGAGCCUUCGUUCGACCUGAACAGGAACUGGCUAGAUUGACGUUAAUUAGCUCCACAAAUGAGGCAGAGAUUCGCCGAAGAUCCACCAUUUCUGGGAUUAGGCCUUUUGGUCUCGGUGAGAUCAACGGUGCGCCAGUGGCAGGGCCACUAGGACCGCCUGAAUCUAUAAAAUCUAACGAAAAUGAGAACGUUGUCGACCAGAUUGCUAUUCCAGCUGAAGGCAAUCUUGCCAAGGACUCACAAAUGAGUGACAUUGAUAGCGAAGCUACUCUCAUUUCCGAACAUGAGGAGAAUGCGCCGCUACCUGUAUCGACGGCACCGGCAUUAGACCCGUCAGAAGACCCAGAGAAACCUACAAGCACUCCUUCUCAAUCACAGACUGUGCAGAAGGUUGAUCCGCCGAGUAGACCACCACCAAAACCGCCACGACCUGCCGAAGCAGACCGUAAAAGGCAAUUGAUAGAGGAAGUUGAAUUGGGCGCUCAACAAGAUGUUACUGAAGUCAUCAACAACGUUCUGUUUCAGAGCGAGUGUGCCAUUAGACCACGUGGCAUCGCUCCGGAUGGCGAGCAGCUUGAUCAAAUCAAAGAUUUGUUCUAUGGCAAGACAAAGUCAUACAUCACGGCACAGAAUGGGACUCGUUCGAAAGAGGAGCUCUGGUCUGACAUCAAAGUUGAUGUUGCAACAGGCUCGCGGGAUAUAUACUCGGCCAUCGACGGUGCAUUCGACAUGCAAGAGGUUCUCGUAGAUGAUGCUCUUGUCGAGCAAUUCGGUGCUAUCAGCAAGCUGCCUCCAAUCUUGCAGAUCCAGGUGCAGAGGGUCCAGUUCGAUCCUGUUAAGAAGGCUUCUUUCAAAUCCACACACCACUUGGAUCUGAAAGAGACGAUUUAUCUCGACCGUUACAUGGAUACUCAGAAACAAGAUAUCGUUAGACGACGCAGAGAUUGUUGGGAUUGGAAACGAAAGCUAGUUGGUCUACAGAACCGCAAGGCUGAACUAUUGCGGUUAACUGAGAAUGACGGACAAAAUAUGCCAGCACUAUUCAAGAACGCUUCUAGCCUUCUUACCGAGCUUUCUGCAAUAAAUCCCACCGAGGAGGGCGCUGGCGACUUUUCCGAUAUCAAUACGGAACUUGUAGCUGAAAUGGACAAGUUGUCACAGAUAACACAGGCUGAGUUUGCUCAUAUCGAACAGGAAACCAAAGACAUUGAAGGCAUGAUUUCGGGCAGUUUCAAUGAUUAUACGAAAUUAGCAUAUCGCCUUUACGCAGUCUUCAUGCACCAAGGAUCUGUGGAGUUCGGGCACUACUACAUCUAUAUCUACGACUUCAAGAAGGAUGUGUGGCGCAAAUACAAUGACAGUGACAUCACAGAGGUCAAAGAUACUGCAGAGAUAUUCCGAAACCCUAACCGUGCCAAUCCCCCAACGCCAUAUUUCUUGGUUUAUGUGAACGCCGCGAUGAAGGAUCGAUUGGUGGAACCAGUUUGCCGGGAAAUCCCUUCAGAGAUAACGACCGAGAACACCGCUACGACUGUUGUUCCACAAACAGACGAGCCGAUGGAUGUUGAUGUGCAUAUGGAGAUGAAGCCACCCUCCUACUUUGAUUUAAAACCCAAAGGCGAGUCGGAAGUAGUUUCAAACCUUGAUCCCACAUCUCCUCUUUCACCCACAGCCGUUCCAUUGAAGCGGAAAGGGUCUGCAGGCCAAAUGAGCAUCACUAUGAGCACCCAGGUCGAUGCAUCCUAG